GUCGUGGACCACCAGCUUCUACGAGGGCGUGUCGCGGUACGUGGACUCCGUUGCCCUUCAGUACAAUGCUACGGAGAUGGUGGAUGGGUUCAGACGUUACCUGGUCAGGCCCUUGGAGUCUCAUUUUAUUAACAACGCCUCCUCUUCAUCCUCCGCCUCCGUGGUUUACGAGAAAGCGCCUCGCCGUCCUGCCCCUGGCAAGCUGAGGCGCCUCAUCUUCAGGUUCCGGGGUCAGGAGUGGAGGGUGAUCCGCGACGAGACGUACGGUCUGUUGGCGGAGUUUUUGUCCGUGAUCGCCACGGAGGACUUGGUGGAGAAGCUUAAAGGUUUCGCUCUUCAGAGCAUCGACGUGUCCAAACGUGUGUUUGCUAGCAGCACCAUGGUCGUGUCUGGGGGUGCGAACUUGGUGUUCAAGGCAGCCCUUUCAGUUAUUUCCGGGGCUGCUGGGCUGUUGAAUUUCGUUUCUCAGCUCACUGUUUUCUUCUGGCUUCUGUAUUACUUGAUCGCUUCAGAAUCGGGGGGCGUCAUGGAUCAUGUCCUUGAUAUGCUUCCGAUCUCAAAGGCGGCUAGGGUUCGAUGCGCAGAGGUUCUUGGUCAUGCUGUUAGUAGUGUCUUUUUGGCUACUGCUAAGGUGGCCCUGUUUCAAGGGGUUUUUACCUAUUUCUUGUUUAGGUUCUACCAAAUCCAUUUCCUCUAUGUUUCGACCUUCUUUGCUUGGAUGAGCGCUAUCUUGCCUAUAACCCCGCUUUGGCUGUCCUCAAUUCCUGCGGCAAUUCAGUUGGCUGUCGAAACGAGAUAUAUUGAAGCCGUGGUGUUGACUGCCGUCCAUCUCUUUAUUUUGGACUAUGGUACAACAGCUAUACAGUAUGAAAUACCUGGACAAAGUGCUUACUUGACGGGGCUUAGCAUUCUAGGUGGCAUGGCAUUGUUCCCCUCAGUUCUGGAGGGAGCAAUAAUGGGACCAUUGCUUAUGACAGUUAUGAUUGCACUGAAGAACUUGUAUGCUGAAUUUGUGCUCUUAUCUUCAAAGGAAAGUAGGUGAUACUUCUGGUAGUAUAUGGUAAACACAGGUGCAUGAGAUGUAUUUUCCCCCUAGCAAUGUUACUUUUUGUUGGCAUCCUCACUUAGUUUUUUAUCAUUAUUUAUUCAUCAUAUAUUUUUCCUAUCAAGCUCUGCUUUUAUUUAUUCAAACAUAUAUUUUCCUAGUGAGCCAAAAACUAUAGUCUUUAUUUUC